UUAAUAAUAUUUAAAAAAAUCACAAUCAACAAUCUCUGUAAAAAUUUACCAAAGUUUGAGAUCAGAACUUUGUGAUAUUUGUAACAAAGGUCUAGUUAGUCAUAGGGGAUAAUAGGCAAGCAAAAGUGUUAUUAAAUAAUGGUUUACAUAUAAAUUGUUCAAUGGUUUCAAUUUGUGAAACUGUUCUUGAAGUUGCAGACUUGCAAAUGAGUUGAAGUUUUUAGGAAAUUCCCUAAAAUUAUGCAAGAAAACAAGUGCGUUGAUAACUAUUCGGCAAAGUCAAGUUCAAGUGUAACUUUACAUAUCAAGGUACAAACAAGGACCAUAGUGAAUAGUAUGUGCCUGAGAAUUAGGAUUAACAGUUCAAUGCAUUCAAUAUUACAGACAAUACGAGAGGGAAAUUCCCUAAAAUUUCACGAGAAAUCAAGUGUAUUCAUUACCAUUGGCUAGGUCAAGUUCAAUUGUUACCCCUACAUGUAGAUUGAAGUACCUGUAAAUGUACCGCAUCUGAACGUCACGGCUAACAAUUGAAUGAAUUCACAGGUUUGGCGGUCUAUGUUAUUCUUCCGCACCAUAGAGUUGGGUUUACUACAAUUACAUUGUCCAUGUUCACUCAUGGAGUGCAAAAUACUGACUUAUUCUUAACAACCUCAGCCUUCAUACAAUGAUAGAGGCUUUGGGUGUAGUGUCCAGGCUCUAUAUGAACAUGAAAUCGUUCAACAUCACACACAAAGUGUACAACCAAAACUCGCAAAGAAAUACCUUGUGCUGUAAUAUUGGAGGAUUGUAGAUCGGCAGCAAAUAACUUAGAUUAUAUUAUUACAUAGAACAGCAAGGUGGUUGCAGACUUAACGAGAGAAGUUUUGGCGUUGAGGUAAUAACCAUAAGUUUACUGUACAGUCGUAGGAAUGGAAGGCGGUUUAGCUUUGAGGUGGUUCAGGAUGCUGCUCUGGGUGUGUGGUUUGGCACUGGUGUGUUCUCAAGAUACCACUGGACCAACAGCAACUAUUAAGAUUCUACCUGAAUACACAGCGGUGCCACGUGAAGGAGACAGUGUUACUCUUGAUUGUGAGAUAUCAUCACUCCAGUCAAUUGAUGAAGUGCUAUGGUCAAGAAGGAGCAAUUUAAGUGAUACUCCACGAUUCAUUGUAGAUGAGAAUGGUCUUAAUCCAGCACUAAUUGACAGUCGUUUCUCCAUAAGUCCAUUACAAAUUGUCAAUUCAACAGCAGCUCUUUAUUCACAGAAGAUAACCAUAGAUCCUGUCCAGCAAUCGGAUCAGGGAUAUUACCAGUGUUUUGUAAUAGGAAGCUCUGCUAUAAUCGCCGCAUCUACUGAAGUUAAUUUGCUUGUCCACCAUCGUGAUGAGUUUCAAGUUUGUUUCCCAGAUGGUCCAGCUGCAGUGAAUAUUGGCAGUAGUCUCACAUGCAAGACAGUAUCAGACACAACGAUACUCAUAGUGUCUGAGAACGGAAUGCCAACCACUGAUGGAUGGGUAACAAGUCCCACAAAUGCUGGAGGUAGUCCAGGACAAGAACUCACCAAGACGGUAACUAACUCAGAACAUGGCAAAACCUUUCAUUGUCAUUCCUUAUCUGGUUUAUCAGAUAUGACCGGAGGAUGUACUAUUGGCCCUCUGACAAUUGUUUCUGUGAGUACCCAUCCACCAUCCAUUCACAAGCCAACAAGUGAACUGUUGCAGCUUGCAACCUUCAACUGUCAAAACUGCAGCCGGUACGUAACAGCUUUGAUCGUCAGCAUUGUCAUCCACUUAAUCACCAUCAUAUUUCUCUUCCACUGUUGCCGAUAUGACUCAAGACAUUGGAAACAACUACGAGACAUGCUCAGCCAAUCCUCAACACACAGACAAGAAAACGAUCGCCAUGAUAAUAAUCCAGAGUUAGACUAUGAAGUCCCAUCUCCAGAACCAAGGACUGCAGAACCAGGCACCAUGUCAUCAUCGCCUGAGACAUCUGAGCAUGUCUAUCACAAUAAGAUCGCUGAACCUACUUCAUCUAAGCAAUCUGAUGAUUCUUACAUGGAGCUCAAUCCUCCUGAACAGAAACCAGCGGUCUAUUCCGAGUUGAAACUUUCCGCAUGAAAUACAAAACUCUAAAACAAAAUGAAAGAAAAGACAAACUAGGUAAAACCAUAGUAAUAGAACCCAAAAAACGCUGAACUCGGCCGCCCUCUGUGGACACGGCGUAUCGAUACCGCGUGAUGGCAAAAUGAGCAUCACGUGACAUGCGUGUAUGGCAAAAUGGCAAGCUGUCAUCGCACAUAAACCAUUUCCAGUUUUUUCAUUGGUCAAUGUGACACCUACUGUACUGCAAUAUAUUUUGCCAUACACGUGUAAAUAAAUGGUGUAUGCGCGCCCAUAAAAAUAGUCUCGCAACGAAACCGCACGCACACUGACACGCUCAGCGUUUUCUGGGUUCUACUUAUAUGGGAAAAAUAUUUUUGAGCUUUUGUAGUAACAACUACUUUCAAUCCAGGUUUAUUUACACUGCAGCACAGUCUGAGCUAACCAUGGAAACGAGUCAAAAUGAGAGAAAAGACUAUAGAACUUUAAAAACGUGUUUGCAAUUAUCAAGUACUUUGAGAAACAUUUCACUUGUAGAAGUAAUGGAAUUAUAUAAAAAGAUAACAGUUUUUUUAAUA